AUGUCCGAACCUAGGAAGCGGAUACCACCGCGAAAGGCAAAGAACGCGAAAGCGAUGACCCAAACGUCACUUCGCAAACUAUUUGCCGUAAAGGAUGCUUCCUAUAAGACUGAUUCCCUGGAUUUGAGCACCGAAGUCCACGGCUCUGAAGAGGAUGCCGAGACUGAGACUUCUAGUCAGGCGGAAGCGGCCAAACUCCCCCCGCAACCAUCCAGUCCAGUAUCUACGAAUGCGGAAUCUGUGAUUGGCCGUAACAUGGAGAACUCUAAAGCCGAGCAAGGCAAGUCGUAUACUACGAUCAACACAACCAAAAUGUCCCUCCGUCCAAAACAAUAUCACUCUCUGAGAUCUCGCAUGUCGAAAGAUAGUGUGUCAUCUGUGUUUGAAGGGACAAGUCUUGAUACUCCGAUUGUCCUCGACUCGGGUCCGACUGAGCAUUUUGACGAUACAGGAGUCACAUCCAGACCUGUAUACCCGAUCUUUGCGGCUCGCGCAGGCAGGGCUAUGUCUUCUCCCACCGUGAGCGUAUCAGAUGCUCCCACCUCACUUGUCGCCUUGAGCCACAAACGCAAAGUGGACACUGUGCCGUACCCUGAGGCUGACACGCAACACGUUCGAGGGCCGCAAUCUAAUUUCUCUGCGCCUCCUUUGCGAAUUGGCCGCCGAUCUCCUCGCCUCAGACCUCUUUCCCUCGAGCAUAGCCCUCCCCAACUUAUCACAGUGACACUCAGACGAUCUAAUGAAUCCACCACCCGUUCAUUACAAUCUCAAAGUUCAAUUUUGCAAAUCGGCAGCUCAAUGGAGAUGCUACCUUUAAGAGCAUUUAUGAACAUGGAUGGCGACACUCGUGAUGCACAUUCUGCGUCGCACUUCACAGACGUUACGGCACUAUCAGACAACAGCUCCUCGGAGGAAAUCCUGAAUGAGAUUCCUUUGGCACAUCGAACAUAUCCAGCUAUUCAUCGUCUUCUACAGAACCCACACACCAGAAAUCUAGACCCAUUAAGUGCUCCGCAGGAGCUGUGGACAGACAAGUGGCGACCUCGACGUGCCGACGAGGUCCUCGGUAAUGAGGAUCGUGCGCUCUACUUGAGGGCAUGGUUACUUGCGCUAAGGUUGCACAUAGACGCAAACCCAACCGGAGACACCGAUGCACGAAGCGCGGACUCCGGUCGAGGCACUAGGAAGAAGGGACGAGCCCAGAACAUCUCACGAGGCAUCAAAAGGCCCAGAAUACUACGUCAAGUCGACAAACGCAAAAGGCGACGGAGGCUGAGCUCAGAGGAGCCAGAGACCGUCUGGGUUACGGGCGGUGCAUCCGAGACGGACUGCUCAGAGGCCGAGAGCGAAGACGAAUUCACGUUCUGCCAGCGGACGUUUGCAUGCUUGCAACGUGCCUCCGGAGAAGCUGAUGAUGAGGUACCAUCCCAACUCCACGUGCCAACUACCGAACUACAUGCCGACACUAUCCAUGAUUUCACAUAUUCUACGCCUCAGCUCGGCGAUCUGGUGCACAACACUAUCCUGCUCAGUGGACCCUGUGGCUGCGGUAAGACCGCGGCCGUUUACGCGUGUGCGGACGAACUCGGUUGGGACGUGUUCGAGGUCUACCCUGGAAUCGGGGAACGGAGCGGAGCAGCACUGAACAAGCUUAUCGGGGAGGUGGGCAAGAAUCAUCUUGUGAAGCAGACGCGACGUCAGCAAAAAGCACCCUACAUCGGGGAUGACAGCACGGAUACUCCAGAGGUGAUUGCAAAUAAUGUGCGAGAACGCAACAGAACGGGUCGCCGUGGACUAAAGCGUGUCGAUUCCGAGAUGGAACGCGCUAGUGCAGACGGCAACCAAUGGAAUGACUCAGUAGACGGCUCUGAAGUGGGAACAUUUUCGGAGCACACCUGUGUCUCACAAUCCAUCAUCCUCGUCGAAGAAGUGGACAUAUUGUACGCGAGUGACGCGAACUUCUGGCCAGCAUUGAUUAAUAUCAUCAAGGACUGUCGGAGGCCUGUCGUGCUAACUUGUAAUGACUUGGCCUUGGUUCCCGUUAAUGACCUCCCCUUGCAAGAGAUUCUCACAUUUGCCCCGUGUCCAGCCCCUUUGCUAACGUCGUAUUUGCAAUCCAUAUCUAUGGUUGAGAAUCGUCCCCUCAAACGAUCAGUAAUAUCUCGGCUGCUUGGGAACAUGGAUGACCACUCAUGUGGAGACGUCGAGGGUGAAGCAUCCCAUCCUUUCACUCGCAACUCCGACUUGAGGAGCGGUCUGCUCAGCCUUCAAUUCGGACAGAUACCAAGGCAGAUUGCUAUUGGCUCAUUGGGUGAAAACCGUUCAGACGGCGACACCGAUAGGAAGCCUGGACCUCUUUCGUUUCGUCAGAAUUCUAUCCGCUCAGGCGACAAGGACGGUGAAGGAAACGAAGACCUACCAAUAUUUCGGCAAUUGGGACAAUGUGAAGACGUCCCCUCCUUCGUGGAUUGUUAUUUGCGCCGACGAUUUGCAGCCGUCCUCACGGAGUCAAUGGCCGUCACUUCACACGAAGCGGACGAUGAGUUGGGCUAUACAAUCCUCCGCGAGGAUGCGUUCACCGCCGAUGCAACGUUGCCCAUGAACCAAAGCUAUUAUCACCAAGAUGACUUGAUGGUUCGAGAAGCACUUUCGGAAUACGAAAACAGCCUGCAAUCCGUGUGCAACCUGCCGGCAGACCAUCAAGGCUGUGUCAGUUCUGCUCGGGAUUAUGCAAAGCAGAUAGUUGCCAUCUUGCGGCAGCUUCACAUUCCCGAAGACGUCCUGAUGAACAACGGGGCGACAUCUCUUGACUAUGGUCCGUGGGUGAGGUACAUGGUUGCCCUCGAUGACGCCAAUGAAGCAACCUAUGCGGGAUCACAAGCGGCAAGGGAAGAUUCGAGUACGGGCAUCAAGCUAAAAGCUGCCCGAGUUCCCUCUACUCCCUCGUCCGCAGACUCCCCCUUACACACAACUAUGGAGCCAACAGGCAUACCUUGCUCUUCGACUGGCGGUCCGGCUCCCAAUUCCGGGGGUACUCAGAACAACGCCGCGUCCCCGCGUAUCAUCGGUUCCCGACAUUCGCCCGUCACGCCUCUUGCCCCUCUAGCAUACCUCCAAAAUCAGCGGAGAGGAUCCAUCACAGACCCCUCGCUGCACGCUGGCCCAACGCUUCACUCACACAUGACUAACACCGGCGCCGUCGCCACCCUUCCAGCGUCCCUCCGACACUUGAACUCGCCACCCGGCACUGGCUUCUCCGCACCGCCGACAUCUCACGAUACGCGUUCGCGAGGUCUUCCGGGUCUUCCGGGCCUUCCAGCACUAGUCCGCCCUGCGUCGCCUUUCAGGUUUGGGGAAGCAUCAACACAAAGUUCGGGAAGCAACAGUAGCCAAUCCAGCAGGAGGCCGUUACGAUCAUCUUCCGCUGACGCGAGUAAAAGGCCCGGCUUGAGUGAUGGGACGCGAGACUCUGGCGGUGGACCUGAGAGAAGUAUGUCUGGCCCCUCAGAAGGUAUCACUGGAGGUAACACUAGCGCUACGAUCCACGUGCGGAGCAGCUUAGCGAGUUCGGGUUUGUUCGCAGAGUCGAGUAGGGUGAAGGGGACUGACAAUAUGGACGUUGAUUCGCAAGACCGUGAGCGUGAGCGGGGCGCUUCUCAGCAUCCGCAAACGAGCCGUGAGUCCGGAGAGGUGGAAUACAGUGCGCGGCGAGACUCGAUUGCGACUGGUACGAAACGCAAGAUAUCAAUAGAGCAAAGGCCGCGUGUGCCUGGGCCCGAUAGCGUUGAUUCGCUGCUCAUUGGGCCAGGGACGUCGGGCGGAGAGAACGUGGCUGGUGGAGGGCCUGCGUCGAAGCGGCGAGGAUCGACGUUUGACACGAAAAUUGCACAGCUGAGUUUGUAUGAUCGUCGAACGUCUGUGGAUGCGAGAGUGGGAGGAGGGUCGUCGUGGUGGGGAGCUGAGAGGCGGGAGAUGAGCUCGACGUUUGCAAGCACGCCGUUGGGUGGCUACUCCACGCCAGGUCCGGCGUUUGCCGAUCCGCCACAUGGCCGACCUCCUGGAGGCAUCGCUACUUUCGCGUGGCCUCAGGCUGCCACCCCUCAGCAUCCCGAUCAGGCGGCAGGCGACCCCAUGCAGAACGAGGCCACCGUUAAUAUGGCCGCUCCUGCCCACCCUUACGAUCCUCUCGCCAUCAUGCCUCCCGUCCCCUUUCCUCAGGAUCGCCGAAUGUCUGCCCCAAACAUCGCUCCAGAAAAUUUGCCCGCUCCCCCGCCAUCCACAGGUCCAACGCGCGUUCUCAGGUCACGCUCCCGUCCUCCGUCGCGUGUACGUGCCGCAGACCAAUCAGGCGCCAACAACCUCGCCGGCCCUUCAUCCGUUCCUCCUGCAGGCGGCGCAAAGAGCGAGGAUGUCUCUCUACAGCAGACCCACCAUUCCCUCAAGGAGCCUGGAUCCACACCCUAUUCGCGUUCCCCCGAGCUCCGUGUAUCGCACAAGCUUGCGGAGAGGAAGAGACGGAAGGAGAUGAAGGAUCUCUUUGACGAGCUUCGUGACCAGCUUCCUGCGGACAGAGGGAUGAAGGCGAGCAAGUGGGAGAUCCUCAGCAAAGCGAUCGACUUCAUCGUCACGCUGAAGCAGAGUCACCAAGACAUGAGCCGCGAGAUCGACAUGCUACGACACGAGUUGGACAAUCUUCGACACGGGAUGCCGCCUCCCUUUCCCGGUGGCCCCCAGGCUGUCGUGUAUACACACGCACCCGUGGGUGUCCCUACGUAUCCUCAUCCUGUUCCCCCCUCUGGGCCGCCACCACAGCCUCACCAGGCGGCGUCCCAGCACCAAGGACCUCAUUCGUCGCACCAGCCCCACUCUGCCUCCGCUCAGCCAUCCCUCUCGCGGCCAGGUUCGUCCGAGAACGUAUUCCCGCCUGGCCCGCCCUCGGGUGGACAGCCUUCGAGCGCGUCCGGUGGUGGGGGGCCAGGUGCGCCAAUGCCAAGGACGGAUACGCCGUCAUAG